UGAAAUUGUGUGUGUGUAAAUUUAGCCGAAAUUUUAGCCGCACAAAAAAUUUAACGCGAAUUUGUUGAAAAUAAUUCACAAAUUUAGUGAAGUUUUACAGGAAACUGGGUGAAAAACGCGUACUAGGCACUAAGUUGUUUAGUUUAUUAGUGCAAAGAGUGUUAUGAAGUGAGUGCAAUUCUUCGAGGAAGUAACCAAGAAAAAAUUUGGCAGUGGCUCAUCGGUGUAUCGUGCUCGUGCGAAAUGGAAAACGUCGUCGCCUUUAAUAAUGAGCUUUCUAGCCUCUAUGAUCAGAAGCCGCCUAUUUCCAAGGCCAAAAUGGCCGCCAUCACUAAAUCGGCGAUGCGCGCCAUCAAGUUCUACAAGCACGUCGUUCAGAGUGUUGAGAAGUUCAUACUCAAAUGUAAACCCGAAUAUAAAGUUCCCGGACUUUACGUCAUUGAUUCAAUUGUUCGCCAGUCACGCCAUCAAUUUGGUCCCGAAAAAGAUGUAUUCGCGCCACGCUUCGCCCGUAACAUUAAGGAAACAUUUGCGAAUCUUUUUCGCUGCGCACCUGAUGAUAAAAGCCGCAUUAUACGUGUGCUUAAUCUAUGGCAAAAGAACAAUGUAUUUGCCCCCGAAGUUAUACAGCCAAUUUUCGAUUUAGCCGAUCCAAAUCAUCCAAUUUACCAAUUGCCACCAAGUGGUGGUACUGGUGGACCAAACAUGACUGGAAGUAAUUUAAAUGAUAUUGCAUCGGGUGGUGCAAAUGGCCUAAAUCUAUCGUCUACCUCUAUGGAUAUUAGUAUGAAUGCAACGGGAUCCAACGAUGAUAAGCAUGGUGGCAUGCCAGAAAUUACGACAAUAUGUCAUGAAAAAGCGCAAAAUAUGCUUGAUAACAGUACAUUGCGUCAGUUGGAACAUAUGCAACAAUAUCUCAAGCGUCAUAGCGCAUCAGCAACAACAACUGGUUCCACUAAAGCUACACGCGAAAUGCGAGAAUCGCGCGAUUUGCGGGAAAUACGUGAAACUCGAGAACUACGCGAAACACGAGAAAUGCGUGAGCCGCGUGAGCCGCGUGAAUUACGUGAAAUGCGUGAGUCGCGCGAUUUGCGUGAUUCACGAUCAGAUAGAGAUGCACACGAAUAUGCUCGGCUAAUUGAUAGCGGAGCUGGUGGCGGUAGUGGACGAAGUGCAAGUAACGUUGGAAAUGUUGGCGCUGGUGGCAGUGGAAUCUCCAGUAGUGGCAAUAAAUCCCAACAUACUGAAUCCUAUAUAAAAUAUACAAAAAGCAGCCAUGAGGUUAUACUGGACGACAACGAUGGUCUAGAUAAUAACUCGCCGCAGCAUUCAUCCAAACUAAUCGAUAACAAUAACUUGCAACAACUACUUAACGAUCCAAAUGUCUUGCUACAACUGCAAACGUUGCAGAAUUUCCAAAAAAUGAAACAACAAGAGGAACAGCAAUAUAAAAUAAACGAAAUGCGUAUGCAAGAGAAAGAAUUUGAGAAACAUUUACAAAAUGUUUUGAAGACGCAAGCUGGUGGGCAUGUCGUAUCCGCUGAGUCAAGUGAGUUCAACAAAGAAGUGGAAUUCGUAUCGGUGGAACAAAAAAUUGAGGUUAUCAAUUUGGAUGGCAACGAUUCACGCAGCCCGUCGCCAACACACGAUCGUGAUCGCUACAAGUCUUCUCGUCGCCGCAGCAGCCGUAGUCGUAGUCGUUCGCGGUCUCGCGACCGUGGUCGUCGUCGGCGUUCACGUUCCCGUUCGCGCAGCCGUUCACCACGUGGUUCAUAUCGACGUCGCUCAUCGCGUGAUCGGGAUCGUGAUCGCAGCGUAAGGGAUAAGGAGAAGGAGCGUGAACAUGAGCGUGAGCGUCGCAGGAAAGGUCUGCCAGAUAUCAGGAAGGAGCAUUUAAGCGUAUGUAGUACCACACUUUGGGUGGGACAUCUCUCAAAACUGGUUUAUCAAGAGGAAUUAUCCGACACUUUCGGCGCCUAUGGCGAUAUCGUGAGCAUUGAUUUGAUUGUGCCGCGCGGUUGUGCAUUUAUAGUGAUGCAUAGGCGUCAGGAUGCGCACAAGGCUAUGCAAAAUCUGAAAAAUCACAAACUACAAGGACGCGCUAUCACCAUCUCAUGGGCCGCGGGUAAGGGCGUCAAAAGCAAAGAAUGGAAAGAUUUUUGGGAUCUAGAAUUAGGUGUGACCUACAUACCUUGGACUAAAUUGGAUGGCGAUACAGAUUUUGAUGCAUUAGAAGAGGGUGGCAUGUUCGAUGAAGAUUCCAUGCCCGGCUGGGUGAAGGAUAAAAUUAAUCACAUGAAGAGUCUUAAAGAAAAAGCUUCAGAGAAUGCCGCCAAUAUGCCAACCGGCGCACCACCAGGUCCGAAUGCGGGAAAUACUGGUUUAUUAUUUGGCAUCGACACUACACAACCACCACCGGGGCCACCACCUACUAGUGGUCCACCUCCAAAAAUGCCUAUGGUAGCAGUUCAAUUCCCAAUGGCACCUCCAAUGGGUGGACCGCCACGCAUGUUGGGUCCCAUGGGACCGAUGCCUUUAUCUGGCAUACCUAUGCCACCGAAUAUGGUGCCCGGUAUGCCGCCGCCACACCCGAUGAUGAUGCAAACUGGUAUAAUGCCGCCAGCUUUUCCACCUAUACCCGGACAGGUGGCUGGUGGUAGUGGUCCGCCACCGGGCAUGGGACCACCUAUGGGAAUGCCACCACCUGGUCAGUAUCCACCACCAGCGGCAAUGUCGUCCGGAGUACCCCCGCCAGCCGUUGGCAACGCAUCAUCCAGCGACGAUCAAAUGGAUAUUGAAAUGGAUGAGGAAGACGGUCCCAGUUCUGCCAACAUACCAGCACCAGUUAAUGCGCCAGCGAUGAAUUUCAAUCAGCCACCACCAAUGUUUGGCGGACCAAGUGGUGGUCCCGGUGCCGAAACUGGCUCAGGCGAUAUCUUUAAUCGUGACCGAAAUCGCGAUCGUGGCGGAGCAGGUGGUAACAGUCGUUGGGGUGGACGAAGUGGCGCCAAUGACGAAGUAGAUUUAAUUGAAGCUGCAAAAAGAUGGCGUGAAAACGGUGGUCAGGCCAACUUCAAUGAAUCAGCCGGUAUGGGCGGACCACCCAAUUUUAACGAUGGUGCCAUGGGAGGUCCACCGAAUUUCAACGAGGGUGGUAUGACCGGUGCACCACCUAAUUUCAACGAAGGUGGCAUGAUUGGUGGACCACCUAAUUUCAAUGAAGGUGGUAGAGGCGGCCGUGGUGUUGGACCUAUGAAUAUGCCCCCACAUGAAAUGAACAAUCCACAACAUCGUCCUGAUUUUAUGAAUGACUUUGAUGGUCGUGGUGGACCACGCGGCGGUGGCCCACGUGGGGGCGGCAAUCACAAUGGCGAUUUCUAUCCCAAUAUGCAGAAUCGCUUCAAUCAACCGACAAGUCUCAUGCAAAUGCGUAUACCACCACCGAACGCGUUCAAUCAGCGCAUGGGUGGACCCGGUGGUGGACCAAUGUUUAUGCGUGGCGGACACGGAGGACCAGGAGGCGGUCCUGGACAAGGACAAGGGCCGGGGAGACAAGGUUUCUUUAAUCCACGCAAUCCAUUUGAUCGUGACAUGCCUGGUCGUGGCGGUAGAGGUGGUCGUGGAGGCCGUGGUGGUGGGCGCGGCGGUAUCGGUGGUCAUGGUGCGCCAGGUAACUGGAGCGAUGAAGAGGGCGAAGAUGGCAACGCGUUCAAGCGACGUGGUGGUGCUGGAGCCAGUGGGUCCGCUGGCGGCGGUGGCAAUCGUUUUCGCGAUCGUGAUGUACCCGAAGAUUGGCAUGGACGCGGCGGUCCUGGUGGCAACCGAAGAGGCGCUACCGGCGGCAAUCGAGACCGUUCCGAACGCGGUGAUCACCGUGACAACGAACGAGGUGACCGUGAGCGUGGUGGCAGCAACCGACGUAGCUCGCGCGAUACAGCACGCGACAUCACAAAAUCAAGUGCUAAACCUGAAGAUACUGAAGAUGAUUGGGAUCUAGAGUUGGAGGAAUACAAACCAGAUGGCAACUCGUCAGCAACGGUUAAAACAACGUCAUUGUUUGAAAACUCCACAACAGCGCAAGAUGCCGAAAGCAGUAGAACAGCGAAAGACAAAGAGCAAUAUGUAGAGAACGCUGGCAAGAAGCAUAGCGAAGACGUGCAGAAAAGCGAACCCACUAUCAAGGCGGCGAAUGAGCCAGUAGUGCCGGAAACAAAAGGAGAAAAUUUACCACUACAGCCAGUGCAACAAAAGGAGCUAAGUGAGAAACCCGUAACCCAACCAGCAAAGGAAACACCUGAACCGCCUGCGCCAGCCGUUGAAAAUGUAACGGCACCUGCUACAGCUGUAGCGCAAGCACCAACAGCUGCCGCCGACAUACCGCCACCAGCCGUCACGGCAGAGGAAAAGCCAAGUGAAUAAAUAGAACUUUGAAGAAGUUAUGAUUUGCGUGAAUAGAGCGCCAACUCAACUCACAUACAUAUUAAAUAUUAGCAAAGCAAUUUAUAAUUUUUAUUUUAUUAAACAUAAUUCUAUAAAAAGUUACCUAAGAAUAGACAAAAACAACAUUUUGCUUAAUUUGUAAAAAAAAAUCGUGUGUAAAAUGAUUAAUAUUAUUAUACUUUCCAAUACUUUGAAGCUUGUGCUUCAAUCGAGUCAAGUUAAAAGAGAUUAACAUUUUUAAAUUUAAUGUUUGACAAGGACACACGCUAGGGAAUUAUUUGAGUUGUAAGAGAUACGCAUAUAAACGCAAAUUGCAUACAUAAGAUUCCCCAGUGGAAAGCAAAUCAAAUGCGAUAGAGGCAAACAAGCAACAGCUAAUAUGUGUUAAACAAUAUUUUACUAUUUUAUUUUACUGAUAGUAUUCUGAAAGAAGCGAGCAGAGCAACAAUUUAUCACAAAUCCAACUAAGAAGACAAACUUAAUAUUCCAUAUGUACUAUAGCCAAGUUAAUACAAUUUAAUGACAUUUUAUUUUUAACUGUGGACACUUCCACAUGCUGGCAAUACUGUUAAUUGUGUUAAACAUAGAACAUUUGCAGUGCUACAAAGCUUGGCUUACAAAGCAACCACUUUUUGCGCCAAAAACAACAUUAAAGUUAUGUGAAAGGGAUUAAAUUGCCGAGCGUAUCAUGUUCGUAAUGUUUAUCCCAAAGUUGAGCCAACAAUCAAACAAAUCACUAACGAUUAAAGUGAUUUGUUAUUGAAAUUCAUAAGAAUUUUUUUUUGUUUUGUUUUGAACGUCAUUCAAAAGUCACAUAAAUAAGUGCAUACAAGAAUAUGAAUCAAAUUUAAGAUUUAGUAUAUAACCUAUUUAGAUUACUGCAAAUUAUCGUAUAUGUAUACAUAUGUAAUACGAAUAUCAUUUGAAGAAAUAAAUAUGCAAAUUGAAAUGCA